CCCGUCCCGCGCCUAUCGUCGCCAUAUAGCAUGCCGCUGACGCCCGUCGUCGCGCUCCUCGAGAAGACGAUCGCAGUCCCGCCUGCCCGUCGCUCGGUACUCUAGGGACUCGCCGCCAACUGCCUCGAGAUGCUCCCAAUGAGUGCCGACCUUUGCUCCUCGACCUGCGAGCAGCAGCAGCAGCAGCAGCAGCAGCAGCAGCUUCAGCCGCGGGAGCAAAGUUGCAAUGCAGCUGAUUUGUGCAAAGAGAGCGAGAGGAUCUGCACUGAAAGUGAGACUUUUUGCAUUCUUGGUCAGUUCGAGAAACUGUACAAGAAUCGCCUCGCCGAGGUUGAGGCCGGUGGUGCUGAUGCCACGAGCGCCCAGAUUACCGAGUUGAAAUUGAAAAUCAUGACAGACUGGGUCGAGGAUUUGGGAGAACAAAAUAAAAUGCUAAUAAGAACUGUCCACGAGCUUGAACAGGCAGCUAUUUCUAGAGUAAAAUUGUUAGAAAAUAAAUUACAAGAAACUUCAACUUUAAUAUCACAGAAUAUGUCACAUUCAGAUAAAUCAGAAGAGGAUCUUAAUGCUCUAUCUCAUCGAACUAGUAAGCUGUUACACGAUCAAAAUGACAUGCAAGAGAAGAUCGAUUAUUUACAAAAUGAUGUCAGAAAUUUACUUAAACUCAUCAAACGCGGUCGCGAAGAAAAUAAUUGGAAUUUGGAUGGAAUGAAAUUUUGUUCGAUACAGCCUUCGGAUAUUCCAGCACCAAUGAACUGUUCGUGUUGCCAGUUGGACGAUCCAGCUGCAGCUAGUUUAAUCGACGUGUCUACGCAACAAAUCGAUGAAUACGAAAGGUUAUUGGCUUUAAAAGACAACGAAAUUAGGAAACUUAAAACAAUAAUCAAUGAGAAAUGUAUUGAAACAGUUAAUAGAACGGUAAGAAGAAUUAUCCUUAUUAAUUAUCCUUAUUGUUGA